CGCACUGGAGCUACCUGGAUUUUGUAGCCCCCCUGUCCCCAGAGCUCCAGCACAUGCUGAGUAAAGCUACUGUCCUCCCACCUCUUCUCCAUCCCCAUAGGGAGAAAAAGUGAACAAUCCAGGCAUUCCUAGGAGUUUUCUACUUGUUGAUGUAGCUCCUUGUGAGUUCUUGGCUGCCUCCCCUUGAUUACACUGAGGAAGAAGCAGAAGGAGCUAUAUAUCCAUCUCAUCUGUCUUGUGAAAUUGUCUCACUCACCUUUGCCAGAGCCACCAUGAUGCCCCUGUCCAGGACUCAGCUGGGUCUCUUCUUCAUACUCCUGUGUCCUGCAAACAUCAUAGGACUGUGGUGGGCAGUUGGCAGCCCCCUGGUGAUGGACCCCAACAGCAUCUGCAGGAAAACCAAGCGCCUGGCCGGCAAACAGGCCGAGCUGUGCCAGACGGAACCAGAGAUCGUCAGCGAGGUGGCUAAGGGUGCCAAGAUGGCAGUGCGAGAGUGCCAGUACCAGUUCAGGUCCAGGCGGUGGAACUGCACCAGUCACAACAAGUAUUUUGGAAAGAUCCUGCAGCAAGAUAUCCGGGAGACGGCCUUUGUUUACGCCAUAACUGCGGCCGGGGUGAUCCACGCGGUGACGCAGGCUUGCAGCAUGGGGGAGCUGAUGCAGUGUGGCUGCGAAGUGACACGGAACUGGGCGCCGCCGCCGCCUCUCGCCAUUGGACCAGGGGCAGAUGGAUCGUCGUGGGAGUGGGGAGGCUGCGGCGACGACGUGGAGUACGGCUAUGAGAAGUCGCGGCAGUUCAUGGACGCAAAGAGAAAAAAGGGGAAAAGCGACAUCCGCACCUUGAUUGACCUGCAUAACAAUGAAGCAGGAAGGCUGGCGGUGAAGAACUACAUGAGGACAGAGUGUAAAUGCCACGGCCUCUCCGGCUCCUGCACGCUGCGUACCUGCUGGAAGAAAAUGCCGCACUUCCGGGAAGUAGGAGACCGACUGCUUGAGCGAUUCAACGGGGCCUUUAAAGUCAUGGGAGGCAAUGACGGCAAGACAAUAAUUCCAGUCGGACACAACAUCAAACCCCCCGACAAACAAGACUUGAUUUACUCCGCCGACUCCCCUGAUUUCUGCCAAGCCAACCGAAAAACCGGUUCCCCAGGGACACGGGGCCGUGUUUGUAACAGCACCGCUCUGGACGUUGGGGGGUGUGACCUGCUGUGCUGCGGGAGGGGGUAUCGGGAGGAAACUGUGGUAGUGGAGGAGAGCUGCCUGUGCCGCUUCCACUGGUGCUGCGUGGUAAACUGCAAUAAAUGCACUGAAAGGAAAGAGCUCAGUAUGUGCCUAUGAGAUGGACUGGAAGGAGAAAGGAAAUGGCUCUGCUGUCCUCAUGGGGGCACCUGGAGGUCGACCCAGGACUCUGGCCUAGAUGCCCCCUCUAAAAACAGAGCUGGUGGACUAAAGUGACAUGGAGACUAAGACUGUGCCUCAUAGCAGAUGAACACAAGGGCGUGUCCUCAAAAAGACUCAUUACCUGAAUAGGGGGCAACAAAAAAGUAUCAUUUUAUAGAUAAUAUAUAUAUAUAUAUGUAUGUAUGUAUGUAAACGUAUACACAGGAGCAGAAGUAUAAUUUCUCCACUAAAUGCCGAGCGACGUUUCAUAGUGUCUGCAGAACCGUCAUUUGGAGCUGGACUAGGUGCACCCAGCGGUGGAGCAAGUGCAUUGGGUCUAGCACCGAGCAGCUUCUCCCCCAUUAAGUCAUUCUGAAAUCCAAAGCCAGUACCGAACCCCCUAGAUCUGCAAUGAUGUUUGGAUGGGGAAGGGGUGAUUGGUGACCCCACUUAUGGGCAGCCAACUGCAGGCAUUACUCUGCAUUAAAUAGGCGCCCACAUUUUUUUUUUUCUGUAGGGCCUUCCCCUUACGGUAAAGUCGAAGCCGGCAAUUUCACUGGAAACCGUCUAAUGUGUAUAGGGGUGUCCCCUACAGGGAUCAUGGAGGUUAGAAGGAUCGGGCAGCUGGAUUUCAACAUGGCUGAUCCAGGCCUGGAAGUGGCCUAUUCUCCUCACACACACGCACACCGGGCCGGGCAGGGGAUGCAUGUGUAUAGGGGGGGUUCUGGAGAAAGAGCUGCAUGAGCGUUGGCCAAGCAGUAAUUGCCACCACAGUGUGUCCUAGAAGAUGACCAAUGCAAAUCACCUCUGCCCCAAAAGUAUUACCCUGCCCCAGAAUAUACCCAUUAUCUCCACUAGCACUGCCUUUAUUUGUGGUCAAUA